AUGCACCCACGUGUCGCAAGGCUUUACCUGGAAUUUAUGUUGCUUGCCCCUGCGUUUGCCUCCUUUAGCAGCGUUCCGGUUGCAGCGGAAUUGGGGAUGGCCAUCUCUUCCGCUCAGGUCCGAACAAAGACAUUAUCAUCGCCAGGACGUGCCUGUUCCUUGAGUUCCACUGCAACAUAUCGCGCAAGGGUACAAGAGGGGUUUACUGCUCCACCUGUAGUAGCUCCGGGCACACCCGAGUUUGCACGUCGUCUUGCACGCGGCCGUUGGACACUUCGCCAACUGCAGGACAUGAUUGCCGUAAAGAAGUAUCGCGCAAUGCACAAGCGAUAUGGCUGGGCGAGUCAAAAGAGCUUUGAUGAGUUAAGUGAGUUAUUUGGUGAGACGCAGGCACGGGAGAUGAUUAUUGGGCUUGGAAACAAGGAAGUGUUUGGGUUCAAUGAGGCGUCCGAUGACGAGAAUGACCGUUUAUCAAAGGAGAGCGGUGGCGUGCCAAAGGGAAUGCGCACUUGA